AUGAUAGCUGAGGUAGUUGAGAUUAUCGAGACAGUUGCAGAGUCGAAGGUUAUCGAUGAGGUAGUUACUAAGAAGGUCGGUGAAGUAGUUUCUGAGAGUGUUGUUGUUUCUGGUUCUGAAGUGGUUGAGGAAGUAGUUACUGAGAUGGUAGAUGAAGUUUCUGAAGUGGUGGUUGAAGAAGUUGUUGAGGUUGGUGAUCAAGUGAUUCCGGAGGUUGUUGAAAAGGUUUCUACAGAUAGUUCUGCAGAAGCUGAGGAAUCAGUGACUGAAAUGAUCAUGGAGGAGGACGAAGAGGCAGAAACGUCGUCACAACCGCAAACUAGGGCAACGACCUUAAACCGAGACCGAGAAGCCGGCCGUGAUAAUUUAGUGGCCGAUUAUUUUGCCGAUGAACCUGUGUACACGGACGCGAUGUUUCGAUGUCGGUUUCGAAUGAGUCGUCAACUGUUCUUACGUAUCGCAGAGGACUUGGCGCAGUCUGAUCUGUUUUUCACACUACGAUACGACGCUAGGGGCCGUAGGGGAUUCACCACUUUACAGAAAUGUACGUCGGCCAUUCGCCAACUGGCAUAUGGGACGGCACCCGAUUCAUUGGACGAGUAUUUAAGGAUGUCCGAAAGAACUGCACGUGAAUGUUUGCACAGGUUUUGCGAAUGGACCGUGAAGUUAUAUAGCGAGAAAUAUAUACAGAAAUCAAACGCAAACGACGUCUAA